GUUGCAUCUUGGGCAAACAUAUUUGCUUUCGUUUGAACGACGUGACUUCCGGUAAGGUUCUAAUCACACGAUUGUGACAGAACAUGGAUACAAAAAGUGUCGUAAAUUCCCGGAUUUAAAUUCUUCUCUUCCGCAGACAACGUGAAUGAGUUUCUUUCGACGAGGACCGGAAUUGACAUUUUAUUUGUGUCAUAAGUAUUUCUUUUGACCACGCCAAAUCAUUUAUGGUCACAUGGGUCUCUUUCAUACCACCAAUCCGGUUCCACCACGAGUCGAUGCCGCCACGUUUCCAUCUUUCCCAUUUACAAGUUUCCAACUCGUUGGCCAGUAGUAUAAGUUCGCCGAGUCGUGGAGGUUGUGAAGUUGGAUAUCUGCAAAAUGUGGCUGAAAUUGUGCCUUCUACUUGUCGCUGUUUACAGCGUGCAGAGUGCCGACGAUAUUGAAACCGAAGAUGGAGUAUUAGUACUUACAACGAAAAAUUUUAAGGCCGGCGUCACCGACAAUGAAUUUGUUCUCGUAGAAUUUUAUGCUCCUUGGUGUGGCCAUUGUAAAGCUUUAGCUCCUGAAUAUGCUAAAGCUGCUAAAAAAUUAUCUGAUGAUGGGUCAGAUAUUAAACUUGCCAAAGUUGAUGCUACAAUUGAAUCAGAGUUGGCUGAAAACCAUGGAGUAAGAGGUUACCCAACUCUGAAGUUCUUUAGGAAAGGGACACCCAUCGAUUACACAGGGGGAAGAAGUGCUGAUGAAAUUGUUAAUUGGCUUCUGAAAAAGACUGGACCUCCAGCUAAAGAAUUGUCUUCGGUGGAAGAUGCUAAGAAAUUCAUUGAAGAUGCCAAUGUUGCCGUUAUUGGAUUUUUCAAGGAUACUGCAUCUGAUGGUGCUAAGGCAUUUCUUAGUGCUGCCAGUGCUAUUGAUGAUCAGCCGUUUGGAAUUACAUCCGAUGAUGCUGUUUUCUCGGAGUAUGGUGCAUCUUGUGGACAGAUCAUUCUGUUCAAGAAGUUUGAUGAAGGCAAAGCCCUGUUUGAGGGAGACAUAACGGAGGAUGCUGUGAAGAAAUUUGUUGCCUCUCAGUCAUUGCCUCUGGUGGUGGAAUUCAAUCAUGAAACUGCACAAAAGAUCUUUGGUGGGGAAAUCAAGAGUCAUCUUCUUUUAUUCCUGUCAAAAGAGAAAGGAGAUUUUGAAAACCUUCUUGAGGGUGUGAAAGAUAUUGCGAAGGACUUUAGAGAAAGGGUUCUGUUUGUAUCCAUUAAUUCUGAUGAAGAUGAUCACCAAAGAAUUCUGGAGUUCUUUGGCAUGAAGAAAAGUGAAGUUCCUGCUAUGCGACUUAUUAAGUUAGAGGAAGACAUGGCAAAAUACAAACCAGCUGAUCCCACAAUUUCUGCUGAAAAUGUCAAAUCGUUUGUAACAGACUUCAUUGACGGCAAAUUGAAGCAACAUCUUUUGUCACAAGAUCUUCCAGAUGAUUGGGACAAGAACCCUGUGAAAGUUCUGGUUUCAACCAAUUUCGAUGAAGUUGUGUUCGAUAAAACAAAGGAUGUUUUGGUUGAAUUUUAUGCUCCUUGGUGUGGUCACUGUAAGCAACUGGCACCUAUUUAUGAUCAAUUGGGUGAGAAAUUCAGCGAUAGUGAUACUGUGGUGGUGGCUAAAAUGGAUGCUACUGCAAAUGAGUUGGAGCAUACGAAGAUCCAGAGUUUCCCUACGCUCAAGUUAUACACCAAGGGAGACAACCAAGUUAUUGAAUACAAUGGUGAAAGGACCCUGGAUGGCUUAUCAAAAUUCUUAAGUUCAGGUGGUCAGUAUGGUCAAGCUGCUCCUGAUGAGGCUGAAGAAGAAGACGAAGAUGAUGAUUCUCCACGAAAGGAUGAGCUGUAAGAAGAAAACCAGUGUUGGUUGUACGUGGUUAAUAGACUGAACUGUUUGCCCAGUCAACUUCGGGGACCUGACAGGUGUGUCACCUUGAAACGUUAAAAUAGCUGUUUCAAAUGUUGCGAAAGAAAAGUGACUGGACUGUUGACUAUUCUGUACAGUGGGGACUGUGUGUAGAAAUGAAUUGUUCCUUAUGUCUUCUUGUGAGUGUUAAAGGGCCCUGUCAUUAACUCUGUUCAAAAGCUCUUUGUGGAGCUUAACAUUUAUCAGAUGCUGCUGCUAUUACCCCCUUCAGGAGCAUAAGGUAUGCAUUCCACAUAGAAAUUCCUUCUGCACAACUUGGGGUACAAAGAUAUGCCUCCUUGUUAUUUUAAUAAAAAGUAUAUAUUUUUAAUGAGAUUCAUGUGUCAUGUGGGAUGGGAAAUUAGACCAAAAUCUCAAAUUUUCCACAGCAGCAAUUUAAUAGCUGCUUGCGCGUCAGUGUUUUUGGGGCUGUGUAAUCAUGUAUUACGCUCUCUUUACUAAUAGUUAAUCUGGUGAGGAAAGGAUCAGUGUUAAAACUUGUUUAAUACUAAAUUUAUGGUUCACAUAUUUUUUAUAUUUGGUAAUGUAUAAAGGUCAUUUCUGUGAAUCUUUGUUAUACCUGUGAUAUUUUGCAUUUGGUCCAUAAAUUUUGUUUUUUCCCUAACCCCUUGAUACAUUUAUAUUAUUGAUGUGUGUUGUGAAAGAGAAAUGUUGUGAUCUUGAUAAGCUGCUUUAUUCUCAGAAAUGUCCACGUAUAAAUUGUUCAGUGUAAAUGGAAGAUUGUGGUGUGAAAAAGGGGAAUUACCAUCAAUAAUAAUAUUGUUGAUGAUAAUGGUGAAUCUUAUACCUCCUCUAAGGAAUCGGGUAUAGAAUUCAAGUAAAAGAAAACUUUCCAAUUUGUCUGUGUUAUCAAUAUUUCCCUCUUCAUACCCAUCCUUAAUUUCAUCUAGUUAUUGCUGGUGCCGGCUAAACUGCAUCUUGAUGUGAAGAGUCACAACCGAGACUUCAAUGUAAAAUUCUUUUUAAACUUUGUCUUGAUUCUCUGUUAUUAAAAAAGGAUUUACUG